AUGACUAGUCCAGAGUAUUUCGAGCUAAUUUCUGGUGACAAGAUCCCGGCCAUCGGAUACGGCUCAGGGACCGCAUGGGCACGGUCAAAACCCCAGGUGGGAACUCCGAUCUAUGAUACCCUGGUGACCGCCAUGGUAGAUGCAGUCAAAGCCGGUUUCAGACAUCUGGAUACGGCCGAAAUGUACGAUACACACCCGGAAGUCGGCGCUGCUAUUGCACUUAUUCUGAAAGAGGGGAUUGUUAAGAGAGAAGACCUCUGGGUUACGGAUAAGUUUCAUUGUGGCUUUGAGACUGGGUAUAUUCCCAGAACUUCGGGUCCUUAUGAGUCUCUGAAACUUGGUCUUUCCACGAUGAAGCUGGACUAUGUGGAUUUGUAUUUGCUACACAGUGAACUGGUUUUAUUACCGGGUGAAAAUUUGGCAAGUUACUGGGCUCAGAUGGAGAAACUGAAAAGCGAGGGCUUGGCCAAAAAUAUUGGCAUUUCCAACUUUUCCUCCGAGAAACUAAACGAGCUUUAUGAGUUGGCUACCAUAAAGCCAUCUGUUUUACAAAUAGAGUACCAGGCAUAUCUUCAAAACCAAUCCCCUGGAGUUGUUCAAUUUGCGAAGGAGAAGAAGAUGGUGGUAGAGGCUUACGGCCCUCUCAAUCCCCUCACCAAAGCUAAAGGGGGACCGUUGGAUGAUUUGGUGGAGAAAUUGAGUGUCAAAUAUGGUAGAUCCAAUACCUUGAUUCUCCUUCGCUGGGUUUACCAGACUGGAGUAUUGCCCCUAACAACUACCACCAAAGUGGAGAGAAUGGAAGAUGUUCUUCAGAUCUUUGAUUUCUCGUUGGAUGAAGAAGACAUGCGUUUGAUUACAGAAACUGGGAAAGGACACUUUUUCAGAGGAUCCAUUCCUCAUAUUUUUGGGAAGUAUGAUGAGGAACUCAAGAAGUCUUUGGGACUUUCAGAGUAA